UGCAUCAAGCGCCGUCUGUACGUGUAUGAAUGACGGCCAACCGAUUAAUCGCGUCGAGCAGCCGCCUGGUGUAAUCGUUUUAAGCGUCGUUCUGUGCAAAUUGCAAAAAGUGUAAGAAAAAGAGGAAAUAAUGCAGACUUUGCACAAAACCAUUUGAAUGCCAAUUGUGCUGACGUUCAAUAUACAGCAGACGAAAAGCCAAAGCCAAGGGACAGGUGCAAAGAGCUCGAGGAUUUGAACAAAUUAUUUUCCGUGUCUCCUGAGUUCGUGUGUGUGUGUUAAUGUGUGUUGCGGCGCGUGGGUGAGUGUGUGCGAGCGAGCGUGCCUGUGUGUGUGUGUGUGUGUAAAAAAAAGCCGCACACUGCAAAAAAGAGGAAAAAUUUCCUUUUGCCCUUUUCUCGCAUUUGGCAACCGAAGAACCGUGCAAAGGGGCGCCCCCCCCACACCCGUGGCGAACCGACGUAUCGGUUUUAUAUAUUUUUUUGCCCCAACCGGUUUAGAAUAACCGCUAAAAUUGUGGAAAAACAGGAGAAAACUCCCAAGCGGAAGAAGAAGACUGCAGCCAGUAAAAUGUCUGCAGUUUACUCGCCGCAGCCGCCGCAGCAGCAGCAGCAACAGCAGCCGCCUCCCCCACCACAGCAGCAGCAGCAGCAACCGCCCCCCAAUGCCAUGUCCCUGCAGCAGCAGCAGCAGCAGCAACAACAACAGCAGCCACCCGGCGUCGGUGGUGGCGGCGGUGGCAGCGUCCUCGGCUCCCAGGGCGGGCUGCUGCCCAUGGGGAUGCAGCAGCAGCAGCGUAUCACCGGUGUGCCGCCAAUGGGAGUGCCCGGCUCCCCCGGCAGCAUCAUCACCGGUGUGGGUGUGGGUGGUGGCCCCGGCGGUGUCGGUGGAUGCGGCAGCAUGAUGGGUGUCAACUCGCCAUCGGCUCCACGCGGCGGUGGCGGUGGCGUCGGCGGUGGGCCGCCGCAGGUCAACUCAGCGCAGAUCCAGAAGAUGCUGGACGAGAACUGCGGCCUCAUCCAAACGAUCCAGGACUUCCAGAGCAUGGGCAAGGCGCAGGAGUGCAUGUCCUACCACGUGGCCCUGCACAGGAAUCUGGUAUAUCUGGCCCAGCUGGCGGAUCCUGCAAUGAAUAUCUCCCAGAUAUUGCCGCCGCCGCACAUCCUGCAGACACAGGCGAUGCAGCAGGGCAACCAGCAGACGCCGGGUGGUCCCACCGGUCCACACGGUAUGCUGGGCGGCCUGCCCCCGCCCCAACAGCAGCAACAACAGCCACAGCAGCCGGGCGGCCAGGGCCAGGCCCAGCAGGCGGGCGGGCCACCGCAAAUGGGUGGCAUGCAGCAGCACGGCAGCGAGCCCGGCCUCCAGAUGACACCCUAUGGCGCCCAGCAGCAGCAACAGCAGCAGCCGCCCCAUCCCGGCAUGCCACCCAAUUCUCAGCAGCAAUCUCAGCAGCAGCAGCAACAGCAGCAGGCAGCGGCCGCAGCGGCGGCGGCAGCAGCAGCAGCAGCAGCGGCAGCCGCUGGCCAGCAGGUGACGCAAGUGAGUCAGGCCGGCCCCCAGGUCCAGCAGCAGCAGCAACAGCAUCCCUCGGCGAUCUACCGCAAUGCCCAGGGAGGCGGAAAUCCGGGACAGGGCCCGGCACAGCAAUCGAUUAUACCCAAUCAGCAGCAGCGGCCCAACAAUGGCCCACUCGCAGGACCCGGCCAGAACCAACAGCCGCCCCAGCAGCAGCAACAGCAGCCCCAGCAGGGCUCCCAGCAGCAGACGCCCAACCAGCAGCAGCAGCCGCAACAGCAGCAGGGACCGCAGCAGGGCGGACCGGGCGUAGUGCCGCCACCACAGACCCCGUACCGCGUGAGCUACCAGCAGCAGCAGCAACAGCACGGCCACUAUCCCGGAUAUCCGCCGCAAACGCAGCCCCAGUACCAGCCCCAGGGCGCCUAUCCGUAUGGCCCGCCGACGCAGGGCUAUGGGCCACCGCCGCCAGGUCCACCGAAUGCAGCGCAGGCCGGCUACCACCAUGGCGGAGCCGGGGCAGGAGCCGGGGGACAUGGCGGCUAUCAGCCGAACACUGGCGGACCCGGACAGCAGGCACCGCCACCGGGCGUCUAUGCACCGCCGCCAGGCAGCCAGCAGGGCGUGCCGCCCGGGCAGCAGCCACCGCCGCCGCCGGGACAGAUGUACGGGCCACCGCCAGGAGCCGCAGGCGGACAGCAGGUGGGUGCGCCAGGCGGACCGCCGGGUCCACCGCAAAGCGUGAAUCAGUAUGGUCCGCCGCCGCCGCAGAACUCGACGGGUGGGCCGCCGCCCAUGAGCUAUGCCGGGUAUCCCCCGAAUCCCAAUCAGUACGGUCAGGCAGGGACAGGAGGAGCGCCCCCCGGCGGGGGCUACGGGCCACCACCUCCGCCCAACAGCAGCGGACAGUCGCCGUACCAGGCCUACCAGCAACAACAACAGCAGCAGCAGGCGGUGGGUGCCGGAGGCGCACCGCCGGGCAGUAGCUAUCCUGGAGGACCGCCAACGAGUGUGGUGUCCGGAGGUCCGCCACCUCCACCCGGUGGCUACAGCACAACGGCGCCCAGCCAGACGCCGCCACCGCAGGGACCCCAGCAGCAGCAGCAGCAGCCUGGCGGCGGGGGAGCGGGCUCCAAUCCGAACGGGCCCAAUGCCCAGCAGCAGUCGACGCCGCCGCCAUCGGGAGGAGUGGGAGGAAAUCCACAGCAGCAGCAGGUGCCGGGCGGUGGGGCAGGAGGGGCAGGCUCUCAGCAGCAGCAGCAGUACGCGCCUCCGCCGCCGCAACAGCAGCAGCAGCAGGGGGGACCGGGUGGAGUGGUCGUCUCUGGGGUGGCACCGCUGCCCACACAGGUGCAACCCACAUACUCGACGCCUGGCGGCGUCACAGGCUACGGGCCGCCGCAACCGCAGCAGCAGCAACAAGUGCCGGGAGGACCUCCUACCUCCCAGCAGCAGCAGCAGCCCCCACCGACCGGUGGUCCACCCAAUCCCCAGGCCAGUGCCCAGCAGCAGCAACAACAACAGCAGCAGCAGCAGCAGCCGCCACCCAACGGUGCCACGCCGAAUAUGCCGCCCAAUCAAUAUCAGCCGGCUCCGGGGGCUCCACAGCCGUACGGAGGUCCGCCGCCGCAGGCGUACGGACCACCACCACCGGGCAGUGCCUAUCCCGGGCAUGCGUACCAUCAGCCACCGCAGGCAGGCGGUUAUGCCCAGUAUCCGCCCACGCAGGGCUACCAGAGCUACAGGCCGGCGGGCGCACAAAUGCCGCCGCCCGGGGCACCCCAAGGACCGCCACCGACGGGGGCCUAUGGCUACUACAGCAAUCAGCCGCCACAAUGAGGCUGAGCGGAAGCGGUGGCAGGAGGAAAUCCACUCGAAAAAAUGCUCAUGAUGAAAUGGGAUUCAUGAAGGAUGCAAGGAAGGAGCUACCAUCCCCGACACCCACACCCAAAAUGAAGGCGAUUCUUUUUGGAUACAAUUUAGAGUUUAAGCGGCAGAUCGGGAGACAGUUAUCUAAAUAGAUAUAUAUAUAUAUAUAUAUAUAUAUGCAUAGAUAUAUAUAUAUAUAAACGAUACGAUAUAUAAUUCAUUUGUAAGGAACCUUCUCCUCCUGUCCUCCUUUGCUUCACACAAAUCAAAAUGGAAAUGAAAACUCCCUGGCGAGUGCAACGAGAGAAAGAGGAAGAGAGAGAGUACGCAGAGAAAGAGAGAGACACAGAGAGAGAGAGAGAGAGUCUUGGGCGGUCUUUUAGUUUUAAGCAAAGAAGAUCUGUGAGUCAACGGAUCAACGCCCCCUCCCCUCUAUAUAGUAGUAGAUGUGUUUUUUUACCAUAAGAAUUAGCUAUUUAAACUAAUUUUUUUGUGUCGUAGAAGUAGCCACAAAGACAGACAGACAGACAGAACAGAACAAAUAGAUAGAUCUAUUGGCUCUAUCCAUUCAUUCAUAUUUGAUUUUAUUGUUUGAUGAUAUUUUAAAGAGUUUUUAUGCAUGGGCCCCGCUCCUUCUCGUUUCCCCUUCCCCUUUUCAUUGUUCUUUGCGCGUACUAUAGGAUAAGCAGCCCCCUACAGAACACCCCGUAAAAUUACUAUUUAAAGCAGAAAUUAUAAAUAAUACAAUUAACUAUAUUUCACAAUAAUAUACAAGAAACAAGAACAAACGAACGAAGGGGAGAGACGAUUCCAUUGAUGCCCAGCCCAACACUAAUGGCAGGCACUGAACGGAAGGAUUCAACUACAUAUUAUUAAAACAUUCAACAAUCAAGCGCUAAGGAAAAGGAGAAAGGAAAAACCUAAAACUAAAUGGAACUCUGGAAAUAUAGAAAUUUUUUUUUAUUUUUCUUUGUUUUAUUUUUUUUUACAUUUUUUUUUAUAGUUAAUGAGUAUAUUGGAAUACAGUGGACACUCCAUAGGUGGACUUAAGACUCGUGUAAAGUUUGAUAAUAAUUAAUGCGAUGGGAGCAUGGAUCUGACAUUGCAUGCUUGAAUUAUAUUAAAAUAAUUAUUCAAUUAAUGCAUUUUGCAUUUUAUUGCCUAAACACACACACACACACACACACACACACAAAUGAGUUCCAAAAUAUACAUACCUAGCAUUUAGUAUUAAAACAAAAUAUUUAUUUAGCUAACAGAAGGGAAACCAGCAAAAACAAACGACAAAGUUAUUGUUAUUUAAGAAGGAGAAAACAUAUUGAUUUUAAGAGAUUACGAUUCUAGCUAUAAGAAUGUGAUCCACUGAGAUCAGGUGUCCACUGUAGUAGUCCCCUCCCGUGAACGAACCCUUGAAUAAUGUACAAUUAGAAGAAAAACAAUUCCAUGUAGAACUCUCUUGUAAAGAUCUUGUAAUUUUGUGGAAAUGCAUACCCCCCAUACCCCCCCGCAUGAGAGAUUCUGCACCGCUCACUCGUUUUGUGCGCCAUCUCGCUCUAAAGCAGGUCCCCCGACUAUUGCUGCUCUGCUCUAAUCCGCUCGGAAAUCUCGAAUGAUCCCCACAGAGCCAGACCCAGACCCAGACCCCUCCUUCCAUCCACAGACAUCGAGAAAAUAUAUAGAGAUACGAGUAUAUCAAAUAGCAUUUAGAAAUUUCUAUUUUCAAAAUGCAAAAAACAAAAUAAUAAAAAAAAUUGCAAAAAAAAA